CACCCCCCCAAACUUCUUCCUCCAACAACAACUCUUCACUUCCCAUCAUCCCGCCUUACCAACGAUCGCCAGUCGUAUUCCACUCCAACCCAAACCACCAAUCCUUCACCUUCACCACCUCCUCAUCCAAUUCGCAAAAAUGCCCCCCAAGGCCGCCGACAAGAAGCCCGCCUCCAAGGCCCCCGCCACCGCCUCCAAGGCUCCCGAGAAGAAGGAUGCUGGCAAGAAGACCGCUGCCUCUGGCGACAAGAAGAAGCGCACCAAGUCCCGCAAGGAGACCUACUCUUCCUACAUCUACAAGGUCCUGAAGCAGGUCCACCCCGACACUGGUAUCUCCAACCGCGCCAUGUCCAUUCUCAACUCUUUCGUCAAUGACAUCUUCGAGCGUGUCGCUUCCGAGGCCUCCAAGCUUGCUGCCUACAACAAGAAGUCCACCAUCUCCUCUCGCGAGAUCCAGACAUCUGUCCGCCUCAUCCUGCCCGGUGAGCUGGCCAAGCACGCUGUUUCGGAAGGCACCAAGGCCGUCACCAAGUACUCUUCUUCCACGAAAUAAGGGAUGCUUGUGCUGCUUUUCUUUUCGGGCAUUGGAUUUUACUUGGCAUUUGGGUGUCAUGAUGAGACCUGCCAAGGUUACCAAUAUCCUUGGAGUCUCUUAAUGCGUUACGGAUGGUUUGCUUUUUUGGGGGCAAUGUCUUCACGGUCAAACGGGGUUCGCGGGCUGUACAAUACACCUUGAGAAUAGGGUUUUUUCGGACGAAUGAAUUCGUACACAUGAACACAACUACCUGAUCUCU